AUGGUGCAAAUCCCACAUCUCCUGUCGAUCCUGCAGCUAUCCCAUGAGACGGCAUCGACUGUUGAAGCCAUUCUCCGAGAUUUUCAUGCGCUGAAGGAUUCCGAAAAAGAUGCUCACCGUCUGGGCACAGCAGAAGCUGUUUUCCCCAUAGUAUUUGGUGAGGAUGCGAGUAUUCGAACUGGUCCCCUUUUCUCCGAGCGGAACAACACCGUCUGGUCUCUCAAUUGCCAGCUCACUCCCGGUGUGAUUGUCAUCCCCCGCACGAGCCAGGAUGUUGGCAAAAUCCUUGCUCUCUGUCAAUCCCUCGAUACGAAGUUCUCGGUUCGCGGUGGUGGCCAUCUUCAAAAUCCUGGGUUCACGAGUAAUGACGGGGGAGUUGUGAUUUCGAUGAAGAACUUCAACAGCGUGACGGUGUCGGAGGAUCGGUCGACGGCCGAGAUUGGUGCCGGUCUGACCUGGUCGCAGGUUUAUGGUGAUCUCGACGCGCACGGCUUGGCAGUCACUGGAGGGCGUGUCCCAGAAGUUGGUGUCUCUGGCUUACUGUUGGGUGGGGGACUAUCUUUCCAGAAGGGCAAGUAUGGCCUCAGUUGUAAUGGUGUUGUAGAAUACGAGGUCGUCCUUGCGGAUUCGACAAUGGUCAAAGCAAAUGCCACCAAGAACAAAGAUCUCUUCUGGGCUUUGAAAGGCGGAGGCCCUAAUUUUGGCAUUGUAACAAAAUUCACGAUGUCGACACUGUCCAAUAAAUUAUGGGCUGAUGUGCGAAUCUUUGAACCUACUAAAGAUGAAAAAUUGCUCGACGCUCUCAUUCGCUUCCAUAAGGAUAACGAAAAUGACCCUAAUGCGUCGCUGAUCUUCAACUUUUUCCCAGGAGCUACCUUGUUGGUACUUCUUUACGCCGAAGUCGUGAGAGAGCGACCGGCUGUCUUUGAUGCCUUUGAAGGAAUCGGCAUUGUCGCCCAAAUGCUACCUGGCAGCAAUUACACAAUUUUCGAGAUCAUGAAUACAUUGGAGAGUUCUGUUGCCAAGGUCUAUAAGGUUGCAAAUGAAUGUCGCUACGAGCAGGAGGGCGCGCUCAAGCACAUCCCUGGCCUCAAGAUCACGCUUGUCUUUCAACCCGUCUCAUCGAACGCUAUCAAAGCUACUAAUGCAGGCGUUGGCUCUCCACUGGGCAUUAUGGAACAACAUCAUCAAUGGCUUCUUCUCAUGACAGACUGGUCAAACCAAGAGGACGAGACCGUCGUGCGUGAAGCUGCUCGUAAAAUUGUCGAGGCAGCUGAAGCUACGGCCAAAAAGAAUGGUACAUUUCUCAAAUUUAAGUACUCGAAUUACUCAUCGCGAGACCAGGACCCUCAGUCGACUUAUGGUGCGGAGAAUCUGGACAAAUUGAAAAGCAUUGCGAGCAAAGUCGAUCCGAUGGGCGUAUUUCAAACCUUGCAGAAUGGCGGUUGGCUUGUGAGCCGAGCAGGGAAAUAA